UUGACAGUUAUAUUAUAUGGCAAGUCCACAGAAUACCAGUGAAUGAUAUUGUAAAAAAGGAAAAAUAUUUUCGAAAAUUAUUUAAGAAAAAUGAUUCGCUUUAUUUUGAUACAAAACCGAGCUGGUAAGACACGCUUAGCGAAAUGGUACAUGAAUUUUGAUGAUGAUGAAAAACAGAAGCUUAUUGAGGAAGUUCACGCUGUGGUCACUGUACGUGACGCCAAGCAUACCAAUUUUGUUGAGUUUCGCAACUUUAAGAUUGUUUACCGGCGUUAUGCGGGCCUUUAUUUUUGCAUAUGCGUUGAUGUAAACGAUAAUAAUCUUUGCUAUCUGGAGGCCAUACAUAAUUUUGUAGAAGUUCUCAACGAAUAUUUCCAUAAUGUGUGCGAAUUAGAUUUGGUAUUUAAUUUUUAUAAGGUUUAUACGGUUGUAGAUGAAAUGUUUUUGGCUGGGGAGAUUCGCGAGACGUCACAAACCAAAGUUUUAAAGCAAUUAUUGACGUUGAAUUCAUUGGAGUAAAUAUAUAUUUAGAACUUUUAAUAACAUUCCAAACAAGAGUUGGAACUUUCACUGUCUGUAUAUGUAAUCUUCUUUUAAGUUUAUCUUAUAGUUCUUGUUGUGAAUUUGAGAAAAAAAAAAAGAAAAUUUAUAAACCGCAGGCAUUUGCAUAAUGUUUGCAAAAGAGAUCGUCUAAAGGAUGAUAUGGAACGAUCCCGGUACGUUAAAGAUUUUAAUGUUCUGCCAUAGCUUUUGUCCUAAAUAUUUAAUCUGACAUUACUAAAUAUCUAGUGUUAAUGCAUGUUAAAUAAAUUGAUUCAUCAAUUACCUCCACGAA